AUGUCGGACGAGAUUGCGACUAGCACUCCCUACGGCCAACAGACUUCACAACCCAUGGGCUUUGGUAGGUUUCCCAUACCUUCACCCUAUGGCGGAACGCCUGUUUCGCAAGCGACUCCGACCCAGACAAUGGUGACGAAUAGGAGAAGGGAUGGACAUGAUCGAAAACGUGCGAAGGUGGAUGAUGCUGCCGCCCUCGAAUCAGUCGACUACUGGAUCCAUCUCGACGAUGAUGACUUUGACAACAAGCUAGGGGAAGCUUUGAAAUUGACUUUUCAAAGAGGAGAAACGACACACAAAGCUUCGCAAGGUAGGCCUGUUGCUGCUUUCAACACCAUGGCGUCCACCCCUGGUCUUGGAACCGGGCUCUACACAAGCUCUAACAAUUCUCUCUUCAAAAACGAUGGUGUGGAUGAUAGCGCGCUCGACAACGCCCUCUCCGACGAUGAGGACGGGCUAGAUUCUCUCAACUUGGCGGAGCAGCUGUCUAAGAUUGAUACCACCGCACCAACCGAAGUGCCACCUAGGGAGGGCCUCUAUUCGACCCCUCUAAGUUGGGAGAAGCCCCAGCCCGGCCUCCGAUCGGACCCUCUUCUUGGAUCUUUUAGCCCGUCGAACCCCCUCCUCAGCGAUAUGGAGCAAAAGAAACUUCUCGCCAUUGCCCUGAACACGACACGUCCGCCGCUCGCGAAUUUUGGAAAUGCUUUUGGGAAUGGACUAGGCUUUGGUUACGGAUUUGACACUCUUGGCGGUGGCUUUCCAACUCUCGGCGCAAAUGCGCUGCUCGAGACUCUGGGCACAAACAACCUAAGCGAAAUGCCGAAGCCCAUGCAACGACCAAAACCCCAACCACAGCUUCAGGCACAGGCACAGGCACAGGCACAGGCACAGCGCCAGCAACAACCCCAAACCCUAGCUACCCCGUCUGCCCAAAGCCAGCAGCCUCAGAUCCCGCCACAGGAUCCGUCAUUGACCCAGUUGAGCCAACCUCAGCCAGUCCCGCAAAGAACGCAGAGCCAGCAGCCUGCGCAAACGCCAGCGCCGCCCCAACGGCCGCAGCCUCCGUCCCGGCAAUCCUCCCAAGCCAAUUCGAUAUCAUUAUCCCAAAGUCAAACGCCGGUCCCUCAAGGCGAAAUGCAGCCUCCAUCGCAACCACAAUCACAAUCUGAAUCGGCUGCUGGUGAUCUUGGUUCGGAUACUACCAAGGUUGAGCUGUCCGCGAUGGAGAAGGGAAAGGACAAGAUGAAAUCUGGGGAUCGGGCCGCCCACAAUGAUAUUGAGAGAAAAUACCGAACGAAUCUCAAAGACAAGAUUUCCGAGCUCCGCGACGCUGUCCCAGCGCUGAAGUCGAUACGAGAAGAAGGCGUCGAGGAGCCCGAAGAAGACACUGCUCAGCAGCGGCCGCCUAAGGUCAGCAAGGGUACCGUUUUAACGAAAGCGACGGAAUACAUACACUUUUGGAACGGCGAAACAAGGCUAUCCUUCGAGAGCACCAGGAACUAUCAAGAAGGCUUCAAGCCUUUGAACAUCUUCUCAAUGCUACCGCAAGGCAGCCAUUCCCGAUGCCUAAUUACAGCAGGGCCCUUUUUGACCCGCGAGGAUUUUGUUGACCUGCCCAUGCCCUACUCCUUUUCUCCGUCGUAUAUAAUGACCCAUUUGACUUUCUACACGGACUGUAAGCUGGCUGGCGGUUACGUCUUCGUCCAGGAACUAUACACGUAUCCCCUACCAUUUAAAAUGUUGGACAUCUGCGCCAUGUCUUGGAGACGGAGACCUCUAGAGAUUAUUGCGAUGCUGGAGGGAAAGGGAAAGGGCUUCGACUUCGCUUGCCUUUACGUAUUCCUCCCCCUCUUGGCUGGGGAUUAG